CUCGCGGGGGCGCGGGCGCGCUCCGGGCCGAGCUCGCCGCGGCGGCGGAAAAGUUGCGGGGCGGAGAGCGCGAGCGAACGGGGCAAGAGUGGGGAGAACGGCCCGGCCAUGGACGACCUCGACGCCUUGCUCGCGGACUUGGAGUCCACCACAUCCCACAUCUCCAAACGGCCUGUGUUCCUGUCUGAGGAGACCCCCUAUUCCUACCCCACGGGAAACCACACGUAUCAAGAGAUUGCGGUGCCCCCUCCGGUCCCCCCACCCCCCUCUAGUGAGGCGCUCAACGGCACCGUCCUCGACCCCCUGGACCAGUGGCAGACCAGCGGCUCCCGAUACAUCCACCAGCAGCAGCCUCCUCCCCAAUCUCCUGUGUACGGUUCCAGUGUGAAAAAUCCCAGUGUCCCUGUGUCCCGGGACAGCCUUGGGUCACCCUGCCCCCGUGGAGCCAGCGAGGAAGAGCACGUGUACAGUUUCCCCAACAAGCAGAAGUCCGCUGAGCCGUCCCCCACCAUCAUGAGCUCCUCGCUGGGCAGUAACCUGUCAGAACUGGACCGCCUGCUCUUGGAGUUGAACGCCGUCCAGCACAGCCCUGCUUCUGGCUUCUUGUCAGAUGACAUUAACCAGAGUCCUCCGCUGCCCGGGGGGCUGAGUCCUCACUAUGUCGUCCCCGAGAACAACAGCCCCCUGAGUGGGAAGGCCACCCCCCCAGUGAAGGAGAAGCCCAAGCGGAAUGGGGCCCGGGGGCUAGAGGACGUGAGACCCAGCGUGGAGAGCCUUCUGGAUGAGCUGGAGAGCUCUGUGCCCAGCCCUGUCCCAGCUAUCACUGUGAACCAGGGAGAGAUGAACAAUCCUCAGCGCGUCACAUCCAGCCAGCAGCAGACCCGCAUCUCGGCUUCCUCGGCCACCAGGGAGCUGGACGAGCUCAUGGCCUCCCUCUCGGACUUCAAGGUACUGGCGGUGACUUCGGCAGCCCAGCCCCUCGCCCCAAUGGCCGCCCGCCCUCCCCCCAGCCCUCCCCCCCUCAGGAAGGCAGCCAGCCCGUCUCCUCGCGGCAGUGAGCUCCCUGCAGCCCUGGCCUUUCCCGAGUUCAUGGCCCAGGGGAAGGCAGGGAGCAGCUCCCCACCUGGUGGCCCCCCAAAGCCAGGGAGCCAGCUGGACAGCAUGCUGGGCAGCCUGCAGUCGGACCUGAACAAAUUGGGUGUGGCCACGGUUGCCAAAGGUGUUUGCGGAGCCUGCAAGAAGCCCAUUGCUGGACAGGUGGUGACAGCGAUGGGGAAGACUUGGCACCCAGAGCAUUUCGUCUGCACCCACUGCCAGGAAGAGAUUGGCUCCCGGAAUUUCUUUGAGCGCGAUGGGCAGCCCUACUGUGAAAAGGACUAUCACAACCUCUUCUCACCUCGAUGCUACUAUUGCAACGGGCCCAUCUUGGAUAAAGUGGUGACAGCCCUGGACCGGACUUGGCAUCCCGAGCACUUCUUCUGUGCCCAGUGUGGGGCUUUCUUUGGACCGGAAGGGUUCCAUGAGAAAGAUGGGAAGGCAUAUUGUCGAAAAGAUUACUUCGACAUGUUUGCCCCUAAAUGUGGUGGCUGUGCCCGGGCCAUCCUAGAGAACUACAUCUCCGCACUCAACACCCUCUGGCACCCUGAGUGUUUCGUCUGCCGGGAAUGCUUCACGCCAUUUAUCAAUGGCAGUUUCUUCGAGCACGAUGGGCAGCCCUACUGUGAGGUGCAUUACCACGAGCGCCGCGGCUCGCUCUGCUCCGGCUGCCAGAAGCCCAUCACGGGCCGCUGCAUCACCGCCAUGGCCAAGAAGUUCCACCCGGAGCACUUCGUCUGUGCCUUCUGCCUCAAGCAGCUCAACAAGGGGACCUUCAAGGAACAGAAUGACAAACCCUACUGUCAGAACUGCUUCCUCAAGCUCUUCUGUUAGGCCCCGCAGACCUCAUGGCAGGGGUCGGAGCCUGCUCUUGGGCCAGACUAGGGGGCGGGGGGCAGGAGAGUGGAGAAGUCACAUCCGGGUCCGGGCCGCUUCCCUCCCCCUUCCUUGUUCUCUCUGCCUCUCUUCCUUUUGUGGUGGGAGAGGUCUCCUCCCUGCCAUGCAGACCCUGGCCCCCCACACUGGAAUCAUUUCUUAGCCAGGUCACUGGGCAUCCCCAGAACCAGGGCUGCCCAUUCAGGGAGUUUUUGAGGGGCAGAACUUUCCUAACCUUGUUGCUCCCCCUCCCCAUCCUUCCUCCUCACCCCAUCCCCUGGUUCGGGACUCUGGAGGGCGGCCUGCCCCUGCCAAGUGAACGCCGGCAUAAACCCACCUGCGGAGAAGGCAGUUGGGGGUCCCCGGGGCCCCCUUCCCUCUGGCUGUCCCCAGCCAUCAUCUUCUCCACCUGAGGCCUCCUCUCUAGCGGUUCUCAUUCAGUUGGUUCUACUGAGAAAGGGCUCUACAGCAAUAAUAUUUUAUAUUGACUUUGCGGGCGACUGAGCCCAGUCCGUGGGCUCCCACCUGGCUUGGCAGGUGCCGUGAGCACGGCUCCCCCGGCUGGACGCUGUCCCACGUUUGAUAGAUUUCUACACUGAGGUUUGAAUUCCUAUUCGUCUGAGUUGCUUUUAAUUCUCUCUCUGAAAUGAUUUUGAAAAGAUUUUAAAGAUGUUCCUUCUGGCCUUGUCCUGCACCCCCGCCCCCCUCCUCUGCCCCCUGCUCUCGGACCCCCUGGGGGCAGUGACCCAGGCCGGCUUUGCUCUCCGGCGCUCUUAACUCAUCGGGUUUUCUUUGUACUGAGGGCUUCUAGGGGAGAGGCAGCCAGUAGCUCUCUCUAGCACAACCAGUUGGCCUUUUUUAUUCCCUCCCUCACAGUUCACCUGGAACAUUUUGUAAACUGCUGUGUUCAGACCCCCUUCCUCUCAGACUCUGUCCACCAGGGUCUCUGCUAACUUAGCCUACUUGCCUGCCUUCUUGAGAGAGGUCAGCAAUGUAAUAUGUGUUGGGUGGUUGGGAGAGACUCGGGCGGGGGGAUGCACGAUGGGAUUGCCCGAUUUCUGCUGGAAUAAGCCAUAAGGGGGUGGGGAGGCCCUACCUCCCAGCCCUCCAGUGAUCGAUCACCUUGGGUCUUCUCUCUUGAGGCCUUAGUCUCCCAGACCACUGCUCCAACACUCUGGGUAAAGGAUGCCCGCUGACCCUGGGCAUCCUCCUAGACCUUUUGUGCCAUGGAAACUUGGGAAUGCGGUCAUGGAGAAGGAUUUGCUCUGGCUCUGGCUCUGUCCCCGUUUUGUGAUGACCGUCAUGAGUGAAACUGAAGGGGCCUCAGUCUGGUUACGGGCCAUGAAAUAUUCUCAAGUCUCCUGAGUCAGAUCUUGAGAGAAUCCUGGGAAAGUUUUCCCUGUAGCUGAAACGGAAGCUUACCUGAAUCCCCGGGUGGAGCUGCCAGCCCUCUCCACUCCUGGGGCCUCCUCUGGUCAUUGGAAAUGGACCACAGACAGGGCAAAGGGCAGUCUGGUGGUGCUGGCGGGCAGUGGAGGGGAGGGGCAGAUCUAGCUGGCAUCUCAGCGCACGGUUAGCUGAAUGAAAGCCAGGAGCUGGCCACGCCAGCUCAGCUCUGUUUUUGGGGGUGUCCAUAUGUCCACCAUGAGACCUUAGUGCUCUGUUUACAGUGACCUGCCCCUGUCCCUCCCCUUCAGGGUCAGGGACAUCUGGGAGAUGCCUCUCUAGGUCAACAGUUUGAUUUGAUAUUUUUUCCCCUAUAAACUUCUAACUUUGCUUUUCCCAUUUAAGUUCCUGUGAUUUAUGCCAAUAAA